AUGUCGUUGAACACUUGCUCCGUUGCUCAACAGUCGUCAAUCGACUCACUCAAAAGACCGGAUUUGAGAGGUAAGCACAUUCCGUUCACCGUUUGACUAUUAUAACCCCAUUAUUCCAGGUAAAUACAUUUGCGGAGUAUGUGGCCAACAGUUCGCCCACAAUGCAUCCCUCAGCAAGCACCGAAGAGCCAAGCACACCGCCGACCUCGUUUGUCUCAUCUGCAUGGUUCCUCUUGACGGAACACAGAGAGUCCAGGAGCACAUGAAAAUAGUGCAUCAACUGCAAAAAGUCGUCACUUGUGGCUGCUGCAAUUGGACAUUCCGGAACCGAGCAGAUCUGGGGAAGCAUGGUGCAUCGGUUCGCGCUGGCAACCUGUCCGGAGACGUGCAGCCGGUUGCCGUCAAUAACAACGCUCCCGGAUCCCUCCACCAAUCGACAGUCAAGGGGAUUCCACGUGUGCCGCGCAAGAAGUCGUGUUCCCGAACGAGCUCUCCAGGAUCUCUCCCAUCUUCUUCUCGUUCCUCCAGUCUAGGAUCGGUCGAUAUGAAUGGUCUGUACAAACUGCUCGAGUCGUCUCAAGUCUCGCUGUAA